GUUUGCGUGUGAGAUUGAUCGGAGUAUGAAACGAGUUGAGGAGAGAAGACCUCACAUCGACAAUUGUCUGCGUGAGGAUUAAUAUUCUAAUUCGACCAUCGACGCGUUGAGCCCUGAACGCGUUCAUCCCCUAAUCUUUGCUCGCCACUUUCAAAAUCUAUUGGGACUACUUAGCGAACAAUUUUACCAUGGCUAGAGCGACUCGUUCAGCGACACAGCAGAAUGAAAAGGAUAAACACCCAGAUCCAGCAAUUCCACAACGUACAAAGCAAUCCACAAAGAAACGCAAGCGCGUUUCACUUCCAGACGACGACCAGCCUGCAGCAAAGCAGCAUCGUUCCGAGAAUGGCAUAAAGGAGGAAUCAACUGACGACAAGUUAUCCAAGGGAAAGUUGCCCGAGCUUGACCAUGUAGCCGAUGUCCCUUUAGACACUUCAAUCGCGCAACAGGUCCUUGAAAUCCUUGAAAAGGUCGAUUCUCAAGGUCUUCUUGACCGCGUCUUUCCCCUUCCCGCCACAAAUCCAUCCGAGCCAUCCACUUCAAAAUCCCAAACGGGAACGUGUUCUCUUCGUACUCUCCUCACCGAAUCAUCACAGCACCCACUCAGGGUGCUCCAUUCCGCAGUUCAGAAUCUAUUUCCAGUAGCUCAUCACGCGAGGUCUCGUGCAUCCUCUCUUACUGCGCUACAACUGCGUUUUUGCAAUCUUGCCAUCUCCCUCCUCAACCAGGCAUCCUUUUACUCCGUCCCGCUUCCCCUCGACAUCGAAUCCAUAAUCCCAGUCAAUCCAGAGCCAUGUGCUGCAGAUGGACCACCUCUCAGCCCGAGCCUGCCCGAUAAACUAUCUCACACCGGACAGUGUAAGAGAUAUGCGCUCAUGCAACGCCUCCCGUCCGGCACCUGGUGGUCAUCCCUCGGCACGGACCUCUCUAAAGAGAUCAAAGACCUCCAAACUGCCAACGCAGAACUCGUUGCAAUCCUCCCCUCACCUUCGUCCCUCGUAUACUCCGACGACGCCUCCAAGUCAACUAUUACUCUCACAGACACGCAAGCUCCGAUGACGCUGGGUGCCUACGUACCGAAGAAGCCUCCAGGACACCGGUCGAAGCUUCCCGGCCCUCGGCGUGUGAGCUGUGGGUCAUUUUUGGACUAUGGUCCUUAUGCGAGUUUCGCUCCAACUUUCGAUCAGGAGGGAGUGGAGACCGGAAGAGAGGCGCUUGGGGAGGUCUUGUGGAGAUGGGAGGAUAGGAAGAAGGGUUGGGCCACUGAGAAAGCGCGUGCUGCUGAGGAGGCUACACAGUGUUUGCCUAUGGAAGGGCUGCAUUCAACGGAGGGAGAAGAGCAAGAGCAAAAUAACGUCAUUGACCCAUUACUUGAGGAUGAUGACGACGAAGAGACUUUGGACGGCCUGCUAUCAAAAGAACAGGUCGCCUCCCUGAAGUCUGUCCUCAAGAGCUUAGAAUUGGAGAAUGCUGUUCAGGAGCUGCUAGAUCGAAACACAAAAGCUUUAAGGCGAUUAGAAGAGCUUCAGAGACAACGGCUCUCGAAAGAAGGGGGAUUCCAUGCGGUUGAAGAAGGAUCGGAAGAGUGGGAUACUGCUCAAAGCAUUCUCGAGUCACUCACCUUGCUGGCAUCACUACGGCCCCGACAAUCGGGGAGUGAUGAUGUGCCACUUAUUCCCUCCCCCACUACACUCCACAAACUACAUCGUACACUCCCUGUUGCACCCUCACAAGGCUGGUACGGUACUCUACCUACAGGCCGCACAACAGCUCUUCGCGACAACUCAACACUCUACAUCAAAUCCACCGCCACUGCAGUGCCCUCUCUGCCAUCAGCCGCGCCCACACCCGCCCCUGCAACACCAGCUGCAACACCAACUGCCGCGGCAGCCGCAGUUGCACAGAACUACCAGUACUCGUACAAUUAUGCAGCAGCAGCAGGCUACCGUGGUAAUUAUCAGUACAAGCCAGGACAGACACCCUCGUACUACCCUGCUUCAUAUGGCACGCAGGGGCAGACCCAAGCUGCCACGCAAUACUAUGCUAACCAGCAAUACGCAGCAUCAGGGCAACAGCAAUACGCCUACUCUUCCUGGUACCAAUAUCAGCCUCCAACCCAAGCUGCUGCCACUACGAGUACGGCCGCUGCUCCGGGGACACCGCAGACGGUCAUAACCACAACCGCACCUGCGACCCCAUCUGCAACGAUUCCAACGAGUUAUGCAGGGUUCUUCAGCAACACUGCACAGGCUGGGCAGCGCGCAGUGGCGAAUACCGUCACUGGGAAACCACCCCAAGCUGCUGCGGGCACGAUCUGGGGCACAGGAACAGCUGGCACGGGUGGCUACGUCCCUCCGACGCUCCCCCCGCAUAUGCGAACUGCCGUAGCAGGCGGCACCGCGCAGCAAGGGGGGUAUGCUUACCAGCCCAAUUAUUAUGGGGCGUAUCAGCCUCAGGCUGCUGCUGCGUCCCCUGCGCAGUGAUGGCUAUUUUGAUCCUUUGUUUUAUGUUUUUAGUUUCAAAAUUAUAUUCUUUGCCGGGUGCUGCCCUGUGGUUUGGAUGGCAGGAUACCGUAUGAGCUGUGUAGUAGAACGUUGGAAAUAAUGAAUAUUGAUUAAUUGGAGUUUGGUGGUAUGUAAUCAUCGAGAUAAUUGGGUAUUGGAGACUCGACAUUGGGAUAUCAUAUGUAUCACACUCAGACUUCCGAAUGCUUAAUAUUCUCGAUGUGACAUGAACGGGAUUGGGACCUGCUUUUAAGUUAAUAUGCGGCUCUGUUUCAGGGUGUGGUGGGAGUCAUAUGGUCCGGAAUGCCUGGCUCUCAGAGUCAC